CGUGACUGGCAGCAACUCUUCAGCUCCUCAGCAUUGUGAAUCUACAGGACCAGGACAGGACCAGAACCAGGACCAGCACAUGAACAUGUGGAGUCUAUGGAUGUUUCUGAGUGGAAUGUUAGGGCUUGGCUUCGGUGAGGCAUAUCCAUAUGACGGACAGUGUGCAGUUUGCUCGGAAAAGGGCUGCAAAUCUGGUGUGAGCAGAAUCAUGUUGGCCAGCAGCCACAAAAAGCUGUGGAAGAAAGGAAAUGAAGAAAUCCAAAACUGCUUUGAGGACAACCUAAAGGAAGAUACACCCUGUACCUUGACUAAUGGGAACCUUGUCCUACGGACUGAGCAGACCCUUCAUUUCGAAGGGAAGGAUGGCUCUUCAGAUGACUGGAAGACAUUCUCCUCAAACAACAUGCCCUGCACAGAUCUUAACCUGCCUCCCAGUCUCAAAUCUUCCUCUGGAGCACUGGACUUGGACCAGACUAAUGCUACCGCCAACCUCACGACCACGCCCGCAUCCGCCUGGCCACCCUGGAAAAUUGCUAUAACUGUGUGUGGUUCAGUACUUGCUGUCAUUGUCAUCACUGCUGUCAUCGUCGUUAUUUAUCGAGAAUGGCAUAAGAGGCGUCGGGAAGGACAGGACGGGGAGCGUCCCCCUGACAAUAACGUGGAGAUGGAUCCUCUUAAUGGAGACGAUGAACACAGGUUCUAA